AAUUCGAUCUCAAUCAAUCGAAGAUAAUGGAUGAUCAAGAUUUAGGAUUCUUUGCUAACUUUCUUGGCAUCUUUAUUUUCGUAUUUGUUAUUGCUUAUCAUUAUGUAGUGGCUGAUCCCAAGUACUUGGGCAACUAACUGAUAUAGAUGAUCCCAUAGUAAGUAGUAACUUUUAAUGAGCUCAAGAUGAAUUUCAUUUUUAUCUUUUAUUAUCACCAGUUAGUUCUUACCUGAAUAUUAUGAGAUCGGACAUUUGGUCUGAGAAAGUCAGAAGUUUUAUUUGUUCUCUCUCU